ACGAGCGUGGAUUGUGGUGUUGUGCGAUGGAGCUGCGCGAGAUGAGCCGCGCGUACGGCACUGCGGAGGAGAUCGCCGAGCUCCUGCCGCAGCACGACAACGCGUCCGAAUACGAGAGCUACUUCAUCGAGUAUGCGAUGCAGAAGGAGAUGAUCAAUCGUAACCGGUGUCCCGCGAGCCGACGGUUGCUCAGCCAGGCCGCACACCUGGACUUCAAUUUUCCCAACAGCAAUCAUUCCAAGGAUUCACCAUGUGCUGGAAUCACCAUGAUCCAUACUUCGAGCGAGAACUGGCCGCCCUCCAGAAAGCGCGAAGAGGCGAAGGCCUUGGAGAAUCUUAGGAAGAGACUAGAACAGAGCAAGUUAUACAAGACGGAUCGAAUUACUGAUCAUAGUCAUUUACCAGGCCUAGCCACCACGUCCUCGAUAAACUACGAGCUAACUCAACAACAAUUGGACAAUCGACCGAAACUUCUGAAAAAGAUACUAAGCAACCGACCGAUGAGUAUCACAUAUGAUAGAAGUGACUUGGAAACUGAUUGGCGCGACAGCGAAUUUAUCACUGAGUGUCUUUGCUGGCACAACGUUUAUCGGCAACGGCAUAACGCACCUCCGUUGACUAUGUCACCGCAGUUGUGCGAGUACGCUCAAUCAUGGGCAAAUCAUUUGGCGCACACGAACACGUUCUAUUAUAAAAAUGAUCGGAACGUAGGUCACAAUCUUUAUUGUCGUCCUGGUGGUGCGGUACCUGGCGAUAUCACGGGACAGGAAGUUGCAUCUUACUGGUAUUCUGCUGUGAAGCAAUACGACUUUCUCAAGGAACCAGAUAUUCUCCACGCCAAUGUAAACGCAGGUCAUUUCACUCAGCUAAUAUGGGCAAGAAGCUGUUACUUCGGGGUCGGUAAGGCAUGCAGCAGAAGCGGCAAAGUGAUCGUGGUAGCGAACUACGAGCCGGUGGGCAACGUGUCCGGUCAGUUUCAGAACAAUGUAUUUCCGCCGUUACCUGAGAAUAUGAACGUGAUGCUAUCACCACCCACUAUUCGGAUGCCGCGGGGACAGUACGAACUACUGAAAUCCACGGCAUCAUCCUUGCCGCCAUCGUUACCGCUUCCGUUGUCAGAUACCGCGUCUACCGCCAGCGAUACUAGAUCCGUUAGCUCCGGCCAAUAAUACCAUGACCGUGCAAAAUGCCUUCUCUGUAUUUGUGCGCGAUGGGCCGGACAUUGAAGAGAUCGAGAGAAAGAUCUUUGCCGCGAAUCAAAGAUUUCGAACACAUGACGAAACACGAUGACCGAUGUCUCUGUUGAUAAGAGCGUUUUAGAAGCUUUUCAUUCAUUUAUUGAUACAUAUCUCUUGUACUCAAUCGUAUUCAGUAAUUUUCCACGGAAAUGUCGGUCAUCAGGUUAUAUCCCUAGGUUUUUUUCAGCUACGCUUGCAAAAACAGUGAUAAUCAAAGUUAUAUC